UGCAGGCAAAGUCUUCAGAGAAUUUAGCUGCCCAACUCUAAUAAUUUUCUGCUGAAUAUGUAUGACCUGAGACUGGCCAGGCUAUCAGCCUUUGGGUAAAUUUUUUCUGGGCAAAAGGCACAUCCCUGAUGCUAGAGCUGACCUCCAAUUCUACACCAGUUUUCAAGUCUGUGGUCUGAACCAUGGAGCUGCUAGAACUUUUCAAUGGAACAGCUGUAAGACAUUUUAAAAAAAAGAAUCUUUUCCCUAAUCUAAUUUUUGGGAACAGCUGAACUAUUUUAGCUGAAGCUUUUUGAAGGAGGUCAGCCCAAGGCAGAUACCCAGCAUUGAAAAAUUCAGCCUGAGUGGUUAUCCUUUGGCAAAGUUAUAAGCAACUGAAAAGGGGGUCUUGCAAUGCAAAGUAUCAGGCAGCCUUCGCUAUAGGCUGCACUACUAACUCUUCCUAGAAUAGGGGGAGCUCUCAGUCUGGUAUAGGAUCAUAAGGCUACAUCUGACACAUCGUGUAGCUGCCUCUUAGCCUCCAGUUACACUAUCUGUUUUGGAAACUGACAUCUUUCUGUCACAUGCACUUCCUGGACCUAAGGGAGCCUCAAGGAAAGAGGCAUUGCCCUUCUGCCAGCAUGGUAUACAACCAAGAAAUGCAGAGGGGAAUUAUUUCACAGCUCACUAAUAUGAACAGUGUGAAAGUAUGAGAGAAUAUCUAGCAUUUUAUUAAAACACAAUAUCUUAAAACUGCAACUGCAUGUAAUGAAGAAAAUGUUUAAUGGGGGAGAAAGAGGGCAGAUACAUUGGGAUAGCAGAAUUCAAAUCUAAAGGUUCUUGAAAGAGUAUCUGGAGCAAUAAGUGACCUGUUGUAUGCUGUACAUAUAGAAAAAAUUAGAAUAAAUAUCUUACCCUUUAUCCUCCUACACUAAGUGAAUAGUGCCAUUGUGUUUUUGCUUCAUGGUCUAUAUAGUACUGUACUAGAAAUUUUUUUUCAUGACUGUGUACUAUGUUUUUUUUAUUGGAAAUAGAAAAAACUGAUUCCAAAAUAGGUGGUAAAAUAGACUUCCGCUUUAUAGAGUGCCUCUGACCUACCCUGUUAUAACCAGUAGUGCUUAUAGGCUCCAGUCAGACUGUACAAACACACAAGACAUUGUCUCUGCACCAAAGAGCUUACAUUCUAACUUGAGACAGGGAGAAACAAGUGUGUAAUGAACAAUUGGAAGGAAUGCGGUGACAGGACUAAUGAACUGUCAUGUUAGAUGCUCUGACAGUUUGCAAAACUCGAAAGCUCUGGCCAUAAUAACUUAUAUUUUAUCACGGGUCAUGUUGCUGUUUUUCUCUGUGGCCUUGUGAACAGUGAUAGGAACAGCUUCUAAAGAUAUCUGAUAUAGUUCAGUUGUAGAUGGGCAGAGCUCUUCAAACUGUUCUGUUUGUCUGAUGCGUCUAAAUGCAUUCCCCCAAAUGACCUCUGUCAAAUUGAAAAGGGUGAGUGAAUGACACUCAUAUAUUUUUAGGGAAAUUAAUGUGCUAAAGUUAGGAAAGCUCAUCUAAAACAAAAAUAUCUUUUAAAUGUUGUGGAUGACGCCCAGAUUCCAUGCUGAGUUCCUCUUUUGAGUGAACUAUUGGUCUUAAGUCUAGCCUCUUUUGAACUUGGGGAUCCCAUUACAGACUUCUAUCACCUUCUGCAAAGGGGAUUGUGUAGACUUGCCAAGACUACAUACUAUAGAAUGCAAGUUUUGGUUGAGAGCAUUGAUAAAAGGGUAUCUUGUAGCAUAGUUUCCUCUGCUACAGUAGUAGUUCUGUGUAAGGGAUAAAGGGUGGGGGAGGAAUAGAUUUUUUUUUUUCCAAUCUAAUACAUUAGGAAUUUAUGUCCCAGGCACUUGUAAUCUUGACUGACCUCCUUUCCAUCCUCUGAGUAAAGUAAAAAUUCUGAAGUCAUUCCAGAGGCAUCCCAUUAUGAGUCACUGAACCUCACGUUUGUGAAACGUGUACUGUAGAACUUCUGUUGAGAAUUAGAACCUAGGAAGCCAUAACUCGCAUGGGGUUUUUGCAGCUUUAGAAACAAAGAAUUUUAUUUCAUGCAUUAGUUCAGUUAUAAUAAGGACUUUUUAUUUUUACCAAAAGCAUACUGUGUUUCAGACUUCUUCCAUCAGACAUGAGCUCAUAGACAAACUGAAUGUUAUAACACCUGAAUUCAUUAGGAUUGGUUCACAAAUGUAUUAAUGACGGAUCAGGUAAAAAAUGUUUUUAGACUCUCCGGGCCCAAUUCUUCCACCUUGAAUCAAUGGGAUUACUUCUGGAGAAAAUAUCUUUGGAAUCUCUGACAUCCAUAUGGCUAUGUAUGAUGAAGAUCUCUUGAAAAAUCCUUUUUAUUUGGCUAUUCAGAAACGUCGUCCUGACCUUUGCAGGAAAGUUGCAGAAUUCCAUGGUAUUAUAUUAGUACCGUGCAAAGGGAGCCUUUCAAGCAGCAGUCUCUCUAUCUGCCAAUUUGAUUCCUAUGUUCUAAAACCAGUGGAAGAAAAAUUUCAGACCUUAAAUGGAAAGGAAAUCUUUAUCCAGAGAAAUUUGAUUAUUUUAGGAACUGGUUUUAAUCAUCAUCUCUCAGUACCUGUUCUCUUUGAGGAAACAUUCUACAAUGAAAAAGAAGAAAGUUUUAGCUUAUUGUGUAUAGCUCAUCCCCUGGAAGAAACUGAAAUCUUAGAAGAAUUUAAAACCCCAUCAAAUUCUUAUUCCCUGAAAAACAUUGAGGAUGUGAAAGAUUUUUUGGGAAGACACUCUGAAAGAUUUGACAAACACAUUGCAUCUUUCCAUAGGACUUUUAAAGAACAUGAAAGAAAAAGCCUACGACAUUACAUAGAUUCUGUUAAUGCGCUUUACACCAAAUGCCUCCAGCAUUUAUUGAGGGAUUCUCACUUGAGGAUGCUUGCAAAGCAGGAACAUCAGAUGAAUCUGAUGAAACAAGCAGUUGAAAUGUAUGUGCAUCAUGAUAUUUAUGAUCUGAUCUUUAAAUAUGUGGGAACUAUUGAGGCAAGUGAGGAUGCAGCCUUUAACAAAAUUACAAGAAGCCUCCAAGAUCUCCAGCAAAAAGAUAUUGGAGUUAAGCCUGAAUUCAGCUUUAAUAUUCCACGUGCAAAGCGAGAAUUGGGUCAGCUGAAUAAAUGUACCUCCCCACAACAGAAGCUGAUCUGUCUUCGAAAAGUGGUGGAAAUUAUUAUGCAGUCUCCUAGCCAAAGAGUUAACAUGGAGACCAUGUGUGCAGAUGAUCUUCUCUCCGUUUUGCUGUAUCUGCUUGUAAAAACGGAGAUUCCUAACUGGAUGGCAAAUUUGAGUUACAUCAAAAACUUCAGGUUUUGCAGUUCAGCAAAGGAUGAACUGGGAUACUGCCUGACUUCUGCUGAGGCUGCUAUAGAAUAUAUCCGACAAGGAAACCUCUCCGACAGACCAACAGAAUCUGAGAAGUUUAGUGACAAGUUCUUGAGACAAAGAAUGAACUUGCUGUCCCAGAUGUCCACGACCCCAAUAGAUUGCUUGUUCAAGUAUAUUGCUUCAGGUAACCAGGAGGAAGUGGAACGAUUACUAAGUCAAGGUGAUAAUGAUAAAGACACUGUACAGAAAAUGUGCCACCCACUCUGUUUCUGUGACAACUGCGAGAAGCUGGUUUCUGGGAAGAUGAAUGAUCCUUCCAUUGUCACUCCAUUUUCCAGAGAUGACAGGGGAUACACACCACUUCAUAUAGCUGCUAUUUAUGGGCAAGCGUCAUUAAUUGACCUGUUAGUUUCCAAAGGAGCUGUAGUCAAUGCUACAGAUUACCAUGGUUCAACACCUCUUCACCUUGCCUGUCAGAAAGGAUAUCAGAACGUUACACUUCUCUUGUUGCACUAUAAGGCAAGUACAGAUGUUCAAGACAAUAAUGGCAAUACUCCACUUCAUUUAGCCUGCACUUAUGGUCAUGAGGAUUGUGUCAAAGCUUUAGUCUAUUAUGAUGUACACUCUUGUAGACUAGAUACUGGUAACGAAAAAGGAGAUACUCCCCUCCAUAUAGCUGCUCGCUGGGGCUAUCAAGGAAUAAUAGAAGUCCUGCUGCAGAAUGGAGCCAACCCAGAUAUUCAAAACCGGAUGAAAGAGACUUCCCUGCAGUGUGCAUUAAAUUCUAAGAUUUUAUCAUUGAUGGAAUUAAACUACCUAACAUUUGAAAGGGGACAGAGCGCUUCUGAGUCUCCAGUUAGGUCUCCUCAGCAUUCAGCAGACACCUUCAGCAGAGGGUCAUCUGUCUCUAGCUUGUCAUCAGCAUCAGCAGACACCAGACAAGAAGUUAAAAAUAAUUACAAAGAGAUAGAAAAACUCUUAAGAGCAGUUGCUGAUGGAGAUCUGGAAAUGGUUCGCUAUCUUUUGGAAUGGAUGGAGGAAGAUGUAGAAGAAGCAGACGAAGCUGAUGAUACAGUAACUCCCGAGCUUUGUCACCCAUUAUGCCAGUGCUCAAAAUGUGAGCCAAUACAAAAGAAGCUUGCAAGAAUCCCUGCUAAUGGACUUGGAGUAAAUGUUACAAACCAGGAUGGCUUUACACCACUACAUGUGGCUGCACUGCAUGGGCAUCCUGAGUUAGUCUACCUUUUGUUGAAACACGGUGCCAAUAUCAGUGCAAAGAAUACUAACCAUGCUGUACCUCUUCAUCUGGCUUGUCAGAAAGGUCACUUUCAGGUAGUAAAGUGUCUAGUGGAUUGCAAUGCUAAACAAAAUAAAAAGGAUGUACAUGGAAAUACUCCCUUAAUUUAUGCUUGCUUGAAUGGCCAACAUGAGAUUGCUGCCUUGUUGUUAGAGCAUGGGGCCUCAGUCAACCUUUCUAACAGAAAGGGAAAUACAGCACUGCAUGAGGCUGUGUUAGGAAAACAUGAAGUCUUGGUAGAGCUGUUACUUCAGAACGGUGCUUCGAACCACAUUAGGAACAAAAGACAGUGUACACCUCUUGACUGUGCUGAGCUGAAUUCAAAUAUCAUGAAGUUGCUACAAACAGCACCAAGCUAUGCACCAUCAUCAGCGGAGGAAGGAGAAACAGACUAUGGGCAGCAUGUUACUAUCAAGAUCAGGAAAAAAGUAAAUGUUAAGCUACCUGAGACAGCAGAUGAUCCCAUCAGCAGACGACUUCAGCUGGUCCAAUCAAUCAACAGGUUUAACAAAUCAAAAUAUUUACGGAGAACAAUAACAAGAGAUAAAAGUGUCCCUAAUUUUGAUGACGAAUUAUUGCAUCAGUUAGCUAUUAAGAGCUUUGAUAAGACCAAGUUAAAACCUAUUGACCAGAUGUUGGACCAGAGCAAAGUUAAGAUUAUUGAUGCAGAAAGCAGUGGUGAAUCUGUGAAACAGGAUGAUGUGAUAGAUGCUCCUCUUAGAAGUAAACUAAUGCACCGAAGACAUACAGUUAGUGUGGCACUUUCAGCAGAGAACGUCAGUGAUGACAGUGAUUUAUCCAACACAAGAGAUCCAAGUAUUUCACUGUCAAAAGACUGUUCUGGUGACUUGCUAUCAAAACACUAACAAGAAAGUGUAAAUUUGCUGCCAAAAACUAAAGAAGCAGGUGGUGCCAGUUUCAAGAUCCUCCUGCUGGGCAUUAAAGAAUUAAAUGAAGCUUAGAAACUGUGCUUUCAAAAAUAGAUCAUAAUGAUGAAUCUUUAGCAGAGGCAGAACGUUCCCGUAUGGCUUGCACUUUUGAAGACUAUCGUGGAGACCCCUCCCCAGCCAAUUUGUGACUGAUUUCAGGAAACUGAGACAUAUUGAAAUGUCCAAGUAUUUAGACAGAAAGAAGUGACUGUUUCCCAUUCCACUAUCAAAGCACUUAUUAAGAAAUUACUUAUACAGAAGAGGAGAAAAAGGCUAUGUGGUACUUUCUAGCUACCCACUUCUGUUUUUUAAAAGGCAUUUAAUUUUUUCUUUUCAGUUUUUGUCCCUAAAUUGGUUACAUUAUAUUUAUUACCAGAAGGAAUUCAAAAUUCUCUAUUUUUAUUAUAAUGCCAUAAACCACUAUAGUGUUUAUUUAAUAGCAUUUUAGAAAUUAGUGUAAUUUCUAUGUUGCAACUAGCUAUGCAAACAAUCCUUAAAAUCUACAACAUGAUGUAAAGACCUUUAAAUGAGAGGAACACGAAUGGCAGUAUCCUGCAGUCCAUAUACAGACAAAGUGCCCACUGAUUUCAGUGGGGCAUUUACCUGCAUAGGCUCUGUAGGAUCAUGUAUACUGGGGAUGGAAUAAAGUAAAAUGCUCUUGACACAGAACAGCUUUGGACUGAAGAAUGUUCAGAUCCCAAUUAAAAUAUUCAUUUCUGUGCAGAAAUGAGCAUGCUUAACACACACACAGUUGGCUUUUCCCCCGGAACAAAUCAGACAAAAACCACACACAUUCACACCUCUGCACAUGGGCAGAAGUCUACAGCUACUAGGUAAGUGAUCUGGUAGGAAAAGUAAGAGUUUGCAGAAACUGGCUGCAUGUUAUCCUAUUUUUAAAGGUGAUCAUUUUAAAGGAUGCUCAUAGAUAACUAGAUGGAAGCUGAGAUGUGGAACUUGUUUCUUAACAUGUUUUCAGUUUAAAUUUUUUUUUUAAAGUGUGAAUUAAUCAGAAAAAGACUUCAAUAGCACAAUUCAGGUUCUUGAUAAUUUUGGUUUACACGUGGUCACAUCCAAUUAACAUUGUUUCUUUUAUAAAAUAGUAAUAUAGACCAUUUUGAUUUUGUAUAGUGGUAUUGAUAACAUGCUUAGGGCACUGUGAAAUUGGAGGACUUCCCAUGUGAUUGUUUUCAAAUAGAUUUUUAAUGAGAGAGGUACAAGGUGCAGCCUGUGCACACCACUGAAAAAACACUCAGAUGAAGGUUGCAUGUAUAUUUUUCUAAAUAAUUUGGGUUCAUUUAAUAUUCUAACUUGCCUUGGAGUUGUGCCAAAUGUUGGAAAAGAAAAAUAGUAAAAGUAAUGAUUCUUGAAACUGUUCUUAAUUUUGACUACUCAUUUAAAAACUGACCCCCUUUAGCACUUUCUUCGUUGUAACUUAAUGUUUGACUAUUUUACUUUAAGCCUAAGGAUAGUUUAAUUGAUCUUUUGGAAUAGUUACAUUAAGUUUGGAUGGCUUCCCCUUCUCCACACCUUCCCCACCCCUUCCCCACACUGAACAAAUGAACAUGCUUUUCCCCCCUUGACCUUUAUUCUUUAACCUCAUAUAAAGGCCUGCAUAUAAAAGGGAAAAAGUUUAAAUCCAACUGCUUCUGUAACAGGAUAUUUCCUUUUUCUAGAUGACUUCUAUGUAUGUCCUUCCCUCUCUUCCCCAUACGAUACAUUCUAGUUAUAAACAACUUGAGAAAAAGGAUGAUCUUGUACUUAAAUUACAGCAGGAGACAUGGAUUGUGCUUUUCGUCUUCAAAACAGACUUUGAAUGUGACCUAUGGCAAAUUCUUUAUUGUUACUCUUUGUAAAAUUGGGUUAAUUUUACACAGGGUUGUUUCGUGGCCAAAUUUAUUUUCUAUAGAGUGCCUGGACAUGUUUAGCUGGAAGGUGCAAGGUAUCAUUUGUAAAUUUAAGAUUAAAAUAUGGGUAAACUUAUUUAAAGAGAAAGCUUGAGCACAUUUUACAAUUGAUUUGUGGGGAUUAACUUCAGUUUUUAAUUAGGCAAUCUUUUGUUUAAGAGAAUGCUGUAUCUGCCUACUUCAGUAAAAAAAUGAAGAUCGACAAUGAGAGAUUCAGUUAAUGAGAUGCUUUUAAUAGUUGCAAUAGUAUAUUACUAUCAAAUAUAAAGAUAUGGAAGUAAGAAUUCAAUGCAGCAUAUUCAAACAGUCCAAGUAUAUUUCAUUAGGUAUUUAUUAUAAAUCUAUUAUGCGGACUAGCCUUGGCAACAAGAUUUGUCAUGUUUAUUCAGUAACCUCUCCUUUGGAAAAUACACCUCUAAUACUGCUCUUUUACUCCUUUUGGGGAAAAACUAGAGAUAAAUAUAAGUGGAUCUGAAAUUAACUAGUUACAACUUUUUAAAUUUUGCUAGUAGCAAACUAGAUGCAGUUCCUAACAAAAAUUUCAAAAUGGUACAAUACUUACUGCAAAAUACUUCAUACUUCAAAUCUAUUUCUAUGCAACUAAUAGAACAGCUCUCAUAAUAGUAUCUGUAAUAAGCUUCAGCAUUAAUUUUUUUUUUAUUUGGCCUGAGUCUGAGCUAUUUCCCAAUCACUGUCUAACUUUUCAUUUUCAGCCUUGUCUGUUGGGUUAUUAUUGUGAUUGCCUCCCUUCUCAAAAGUUUCAGUAAUCUUAACUCUCCCCUGUAGAAGUGAAAGUAUCUCAGAUACUUCCAAUAGUAAGUAGUCCUGAGCAUGGGUAACAUGGAUGGAUGGUUCAAAACUGCUAGAGUGCUUCAGUUAUCAAAACAGGGAGGCACUAAAAUGACGUGGCACACUGAGCAAAGUUUUUGAUGUUUGACUAGAACUGCCUAACCGCUGAUUGGUUGGGGUGUAGUUUUUUAAAUACCAAGACGACACCUAUGCUAAAUUCUAGGUCAUCCAUCCAUUAAUAUAGUGCAAUACAUACAGCAAAUCACACGAGCAAACCAAGACUUCUCCACCACAGCUCUUCCCCAAAUACCUCUUCAAAAGAAUGGAUUUGCAGUAUGGUCUGCAUGUGAUCAAGUUCCUCUUGCUCUGAAACAGCAUGUGUGAAUUCUAAAGUCAUCACCUCAGCAGUUCCUUCAUAUUGAAGAUGGUCAUUGCUGUUACUAUGAUCACACAUGGCACAGAGAAGGGGCAGUCCUUCAAGUAAGCAGGUUCUAGGACAUUAAGGGCACUUUAUUUUUUUUUAUAUAUAUAAAACCCACCUAUUUUUUCAGCUGAAAUGGACAGGUCUGCACUAUAAUAACUCUCCUCUUUGAUAAGUGUGAAACAGAUACCUCUCACUCUUAAUUUAUAACCCAGUAUGAGAAAUAUGACUGCUUCAGUCCCAAAGUGAUUCAAAGCUUUGCUGCUAUGAAGCAAAGUUAAGCUGUGAGCAAAAGGCAGGGCCUGCUCACAGAAUCUGGCAAGAACAGGACUGAUAUUGCAGAAAUAUAUAUUCCUAAGCAGAGCUAGGGACAAGAACACACAUGCAAACGUUCCAGAAGGAUGGUACCAGAACACCUCAUACCAAGUAUGAUACAAACACCUCCCUACAAAGAUAACAGGAGCAUACUGAGCCCUCCUAAAGAUAAGGUCAGGAUGAUGGAUAGAGAUGUUUUGAUGAAAUCAACAUGUACAAGGUAAUGGAUGGUAACAACCCAUGUCAGGGGGCAGUAACAAAUCACAUCAGAGGAGCAAUAUGUAACUUGUUUGUAUUGAUGUAUAAAAUGAAGUCUGAGGGAGUGUCUUUGGCUGGCUUAGGGGAUAAUGGAAAGUCCUGCCAUUAACUGAGCUAGUCCAUUGCAACAGCCAUAUAUUUGUUAGUGUACCUGUAACCUUUGAGGCAGGACAUUAGGACCGUGCUUCAGUGACAAUAAACCUGAGUUCCUUCGCUA